AUGGACUCAAUCACACAUUUGUGGUUGCUGAAGCUAAACCCUCUUGGUUCUGUUCACAUUGUUGGCCAUGAAUUGAUUGUUGGCCUCGAAUCGUUGUACAAAAUAGAACUGCCAGGUUGGACUUCUCCAUUGUACUCACCCAGUGGAAACGCAUUGAAUCCACUUUUCGUCAAAAAAGUUUCCUUGUAUGUCAAGCUUGUUUUCGUCGCUUUACUUAUCUUGCAACUCGUGGCAGCACUCCUUACACCCACAAAGAAAAUCACAAAGACGUAUACGCAAAUCGGUUUUCCUACUAAAUUUGCAGUAAUAAGCUUGCAAGCUCUUGCCACAUUGGGCAUCUACGUCCUGUCUCAUGAUCUCAAUAACAUCGUCCACUUUGCUACAUUGCUGUUGUUGGUACUUCCCUUGCAAUUGAUUGCACCCAGAAAGUCACCAGUUUCUUAUGGUGUAGUAUUAUUCUUCUGGUUGCUGACAAUUGUCUUGUUCGUAGUUCCAACCAUUCAAGAUACUUUUUCGACAAUCACAAUCUACCGGACCUCGAUAUUCUCAUAUGGUUGCGAAAUAUGCGUUGCCUUAACAUCGAUUGUCUUGUUCUUUCUAGAUAAUGCUCAUUAUCAUACCUUGAUUGAACUGGAAACGGACCCUUACAACACCUACAAUAUCCUCUACUAUUUGACCUUCCAGUGGGUCCAGCCUCUUAUCACGACGGCUUACACCGGCGAGCUUACUAAAGAAGAUGUCCCAAAUACCUCGGCUCACUUGGCUUGCGAAAUUACUCUCAAAUCCUUAUCUAAAAAUUGGGAACAAGAGGUAAAAGCAACUGCAGAAAAAAGCUGGUUCAUUCCUGAAAAGUUCAGAUUUGGCCCUUCGCUAGUGAAAGCGAUCUUUAAGUCGUUCUUGUAUUACUUUGCAAUUAACCUUAGUCUUGAUCUUAUGGAAACAACCUUGACCUUUUCUCAACCUAUUGUAUUACGCCAGUUAAUCAUCUACGUACAAGAACACAGCAGCGCAGAAGACAAGCCUCCUAUCAUCAUUGGUUAUGGUCUCGCCAUCUUGUUAUAUGCCAUUAACUGUACAAGGUUUUUUGUAAUCAACCAAGCAUUUAAGUACCAAUAUGAGUUCCAGAAUGCAGUACAUUCGUCACUUGUAGCGAUUAUUCAUACUAAGUCGUUAAGGUUAUCUCCUGAUUCCAAGAAGGCAAAGCCUACUGGUGACAUAGUAAACCAUAUCUCAAUUGAUGUUGGAGCCAUUAAUGGGUUCUUCUCUAGUUUGCUGGGCUUUGUUAGCUCACCCUUGAAGUUGAUUUUCUGUUUGGUGUCCUUGUGUAGGCUACUAGGCAAUGCUACAUGGGCAGGUAUGCUUGGCUUCGUGGCAGUAUUGCCUUUUUCAGUUGUUUUGUUCAUUGUUUUUGCCAACUGCCAAAAGAAUUUAAUGAAAUUCAUGGAUGAGAGAGCUAACUUAACAAAUGACAUUCUAACGUCCAUCAAGAAUAUCAAGCUAUACUCGUGGGAAAAACCAAUGUUGAAAAGAUUGACAGAGAUUAGAGAUCUGAAAGAAUUGAAUGAGCUUAAAAAGAUAGGAGUUAUUAUGGCUGCUGUUCAGUUUAUUUGGGGUUGUGUUCCAUUCUUGAUCAGUUGCUCUGUUUACACUGCUUUCACUCUUUUCUACGACAUCCCUUUAACUGCUGACAUUGUUUUCCCAUCAUUGGUUCUCUUUGAUCUUCUCUCUGAACCAUUGUUGGAAUUACCAAUGUUGAUUUCUCAUUAUACUAGUGCUGCUGUCUCUUUUGGUAGAAUCAGUGAUUUUCUCUUACUUGAUGAGCUUGACUUGGAUAAUAGCAAAUCGUAUAGCCACAGACUUAGCUCAACUUCUAACUCGAUUCCAGUUAAGCUUGAAAAUGUCACUUUGUUAUGGUCUACAAAAGAAGGCGCAAACAAAAAGUUUCACGAUGAAGAGUCUCAGGUUGAAGAAACUCAUAGCAAUGUUGCUUUGUCUGACAUUAACAUUACUGCCGAAGCCGGAAACUUAACGUGUAUUGUAGGAAAAGUUGGAAGUGGGAAAACCACUCUUAUCAGAUCUAUCUUGGGUGAAAUUCCUAUUCAUACACAACCUUACUCUGAUGAUUCAGAAUAUGCUCCUAGAGUUGAGGUAAAUGGUACAAUCGCCUACUGUCCCCAAACUCCAUGGAUUUUGAAUGGUACCGUUAAAGAGAAUAUUUUGUUUGGCUACAGAUAUAAUGCUGCCAACUACAAGAAGGCAAUUGAAGCCUGUGAGCUAGUCAGUGAUUUCCAAUCUUUAGCUGAUGGUGACAAGACUGUUGUUGGAGAAAAGGGUAUUUCUUUGAGUGGUGGACAAAAAGCUAGAAUUUCGUUGGCUCGUGCUGUUUACUCAGGGGCUGACAUCUAUCUUUUAGAUGACGUUCUUUCUGCUGUAGAUGCCCAUGUUGGAAAGAAAAUCAUUGACAAUGUGUUAGGCAGAAAUGGUGUUCUCGCUUCAAAAACGGUCAUUUUGGCUACAAACUCUGUUCACAUUUUACACGAAGCUCACAACAUUUACUUGUUGAAGAACGGAACCAUUAGUGAGAGUGGUGACUAUGAUACUGUCGUGGAAAGACAGUCUGAUUUGGCUGAAUUGUUAGAAGAGUUCGGAAAAGGGAAGAAUUCCCAAGAAAUCGAAACUGAACCUGAAGAGGUGGCCAAACAAGCCCCCGUGAACUCGAAACAACCAGAAAUAGAUACCCUUGAUGUCGAAGAGGAAAUAAUUGAGUAUGUAUCUGAAAGUAUUGAUCCCGAUCAAAUAGACGCUCGUGGCCUUCGUCGUGGAAGUUUGGUUUCAUUUGGACACGAAUACACAGAUGAAGAAGACGAUAGUCCAGUUAGAAAAACCGGCAAUACAGAGGAGAAGCUUGGGAAGGGUCAAGUUAAGAGAGAUACUCUUUUGGGUUAUCUAAAAGCAGCAGGUUACAAGUACAUCAUACUCUACUUGAUUUUGUCUACUGGUACCUACUUGUGUUCUAUGCUAGAUAAACUUGUUUUAACAAGUUGGUCGGAGAAGAAUAGUGCUUCUGGAGGCACAGUUAAUCCACACUUCUAUUUAGCUCUCUAUGGAAUUGUUGGAAUACUGGGUGGGGGUUUUGUAUUGCUUAGUUCUGUUGUCCUUUGGACAUGCUGUAUUGUUCCUGCUUCAUCGUUCUUCCACGCCAGACUAGCCAAAUCAGUCUUGGCUUCUCCAAUGUCUUUUUUCGAGACAACUCCGGUGGGAAGAAUCUUGAACCGUUUUACACAAGAUAUUGCAAGUCUUGAUAUCCAGAUUCCCAUGGUCUUGAUUAGUUUUGCUCUACAGCUUCUUAGUGCGUUUGUCACAUUUGGGGUAAUCAUUUCCGUAGUUCCAACUAUCAUCUUCUUCCUUGUGCCUAUGUCUUUUAUUUACAAUUACAUUCGCCAACUUUACAUUCCUGCCUCAAGAGACCUCAAAAGAAUCGAAAGUGCUUCGAAUAGUCCUAUUAUAUCUACGAUACAAGAGUCGCUUAAUGGUGUUGAUACCAUCAAAGCUUUCAAUCAAGAGGAUAGAUUCACCCAUAUAACAAGAGAUGCGGUUGAUGAGUCUAUAUCUGUAGGUUUGAUUAUCGUGGGAAUCCAGAGGUGGAUUUCGAUCAGAUUGCAGUUCAUUUCGUCUACAAUUUUAUUCCUUACUACUGUAUUAGCUUUGACAACGUUGACUACCAGCACUCCUAUGAACUCCUCAGUCUUUGGUUUUGUCAUGUCGUAUGCCAUGAAUACAGUUCUGGUGUUGAAUGCAAUCGUGAGAACUUGGGCUGAAGCUGAAACUGUGAUCGUUUCAUUAGAAAGACUCAAUGAGUACAGCGAGCUUCCUUCAGAGGCACCAAUGGAGAUAGCAGACAAGAAACCAGCUGAAGGCUGGCCAGAACAAGGAACCAUAUCUUUCAACAAUUAUUCUGUUAGGUACAGAGAGAACUUAGAUCUUGUCCUUAAAGACAUUAACAUUAGCAUCAAUGCUAAGGAAAAGAUAGGAGUUGUGGGAAGAACUGGUGCUGGCAAGUCUUCGCUCACUUUGGCAUUGUUCAGAAUCAUUGAAGCUGCUUCCGGUAAUAUUACAAUCGAUGGAGUUAAUAUCAAUGAAAUCGGAUUGUUUGAUUUAAGACAUCACCUUAUAAUUAUUCCUCAAGAUUCCAGUACUUUCAGAGCUUCUGUAAGAGAAAAUUUAGAUCCGUUUGGCGAACACUCAGAUGAGCAAUUAUGGAAGGUUUUGGAAGCUGCUCGCUUGAAAGAGCAUGUGGAAAAGAUGACAACAGAACCAACGGAACAGGAAAAGAAAGAAAGUAAAAAUGCAGAGGAGUUAGGAACUUACAGAGGAUUGGAUGCCAAGAUUGCCGAAAAUGGUUCUAAUCUUUCAGCCGGUCAGAAGCAAUUGUUAUCUUUAGCCAGAGCUCUCCUCAACGACACCAGCAAGAUUUUGGUCCUUGACGAAGCAACUGCCGCCGUAGAUGUACAGACUGACAAAAUCAUCCAGCAGACCAUCAGGAAAGAAUUCAAAGACAAGACUAUAGUUACUAUCGCUCAUAGAUUGAAUACUAUUAUGGACAGUGACAGAGUUUUGGUUUUGGACAAGGGUGAAGUUAAGGAAUUUGAUGCACCAGAUAAGUUGAAGGAGAACAAAGAUGGUAUCUUCUACUCCCUCUGCAAAGAAGGUGGUUAUAUUUAA